AAGACAGCACAAUUUGUGAGCAUCUCUACAUUUUAUCAAGAUGUCCAUGACAUGGAUCUCUGCCCUGCUAUUGCUACAACUGAGUUGUUAUUUCAACUCUGGGAGCUGUGGAAAGGUGCUGGUGUGGCCAAUGGAUUUCAGCCACUGGUUGAACAUAAAGAUCAUACUAGAGGAACUUAUCCAGAGGGGACAUGAGGCGACAGUUCUGAGGCCUUCAAGUAUCAUUUUUGCUGAUGUUAAUUCAUCAUCCAAAAUUAAGUUUGAAACAUUUCCUACAUCUGUCAAUGAAGAUCAAUGGAAAGAAACUUCUACUCAAUUGAUCACUAAGUGGAUGAAUAUGGGAUCAAUAGAAUUCUUUUUCACACAUUGUCUACAGGUAGAAAACAUUUUUAAAGAGUUUUCUGAUAGUUGGAGAAAUUUUUGUAAAGAAGCAGUCUCAAACAAGAUACUGAUGAGGAAACUCCAAGAAUCAAGAUUUGAUGUUCUUCUUGCGGAUGCCGUGGGUCCCUGUGGUGAGCUGGUGGCUGAGCUUCUAAAAAUACCUUUUGUGUAUAGCAUCCGUGGCACUCCUGGCUUCCAACUGGAAAGAAAUGGAGGAGGGCUUAUAUUUCCUCCUUCUUAUGUACCUGUUUUAAUGUCAGGACUAGCUGGUCAAAUGAGUUUCAUAGAGAGAGUAAAAAACGUAAUGCACAUGCUUUAUUUUGACUUUUGUUUUCUAAUAUCUAAUGAAAAAGAGUGGAAUGAACUUUACAGUGAAGUUUUAGGAAAAUGCACAACACUAUAUGAGAUAAUGGGAAAGGCAGAAAUGUGGCUCAUUCAAAGUUACUGGGAUUUGGAAUUUCCUCGGCCUAGCUUACCAAAUUUUGAUUUUGUGGGAGGACUCCACUGCAAACCUGCCAAACCUCUGCUUAAGGAAAUGGAAGACUUUGUGCACAGCUCUGAGGAGCAUGGUGUCAUGAUGUUUUCUUUGGUGGUAGUCAGCAACAUGGCAGAAGAAAGGGCCAAUGUGAUUGCUUCAGCCCUUGCUCAGAUUCCACAAAAGGUUCUUUGGAGAUUUGAUGGCAAGAAACCAGAUGAUACCUUAGGAUCCAAGACUCAGUUGUACACAUGUGUUCCUCAGAAUGACCCACGUGGUAAGAUACUGGAGAAAAAAUACUGAAAACAUAAAUCAAAUGAGAGCUUUGUCACUCAUGGUGGAGCCAACAGUGUUUAUGAGGUGGUCUACCAUGGGAUCCCUAUGAUGGGCAUUCCUUUGUUUGCAGAUCAGCAUGAUAAUGUUGCUCUCUUGAUGGGUAAAGCAGCAGCUGUUAAAGUGGAAUUCAUGACAAUGUCAAGUACAGAACUACUAAAUGCACUGAAGAUGGUCCUUAACAGCCCUUACUAUAAGAAGAAUAUUAUGUGGUUGUCACCCAUUCACCACAAUCAGCCCAUGAAGCCCUUGGACCAAGCAGUCUUUUGGAUCGAGUUUGUCAAGUGCCACAGAGGGGCCAAACACUUGAUGAGGCCACAUCCCCAAAACCUCACCUGGUGCCAGUACCACCCACUGGAUGUGAUUGGGUUCCUACUGGCUUUUGUGACCUUCAUGGAUACAAACCUGAGAAAAACAUCUUAUCACACUUAUGACAAUCAAAGUUGUUUAUACUUAAAAGCAGUGUCUGGAUGA